AUGGAUAUUUAUGCAUCCAAACUGUCCCCUAUGGUGGAUUAUGGAGCUGGGGCUUUUUUACUGCUUAUAGCAAUCUUAUCCAUUCUGGGAAACCUGCUUGUCCUGGUUAUGGCGUACAAGAGAUCAUCUCAGAUGAAGCCUCCAGAACUUCUAAGUGUGAACCUGGCAGUAACAGAUCUAGGUGCUGCUAUCUCUAUGUACCCUCUAGCUGUGGCAUCUUCUUGGAAUCAUUCCUGGUUGGGUGGAAAUUCCACCUGCAUCUACUAUGGCCUGAUGGGCUUUUUCUUUGGAGUAGCCAGCAUAGCAACCUUGACAGUAAUGGCUAUAGUACGCUUUACUGUGUCUCUAACUCUACAGACUCACGGUGAAAAGAUCAGUAAACGAGGGGUUCAGGUGAUGCUGGCAGGCACUUGGCUAUAUGCUCUACUCUGGGCUCUGUUUCCAUUGCUGGGCUGGGGGGCAUAUGGCCCCGAGCCCUUCGGCCUCUCCUGCACACUGGCCUGGGCUGAGAUGAAAGAACAUGGCUCGUCAUUUGUCCUCUCUAUGUUCACCAUGAACCUGGUCCUCCCAACCAUCGUCAUCGUCUGCUGCUACUUUGGCAUCGCUAUCCGACUCUACAUCUCCUACAAGACCAUAGACAAUGGUAACGUUGUUCAGAACAGAGUUAAGAUGCAGCGCCGACUAAUGUUGAUUGCCAUGCUGAUCAGCGUUGGAUUCAUUGGUGCCUGGACGCCAUAUGGAAUAGUGUCUCUGUGGUCCAUCUACUCAUCCAGUUCCCUCAUUUCCCCCCUAGUCAGCAUGCUGCCCUGCCUCUUUGCCAAAUCCUCCACUGUGUUCAACCCGUUAAUCUACUACAUCUUCAGCAAAUCUUUUAAACAGGAAGUGAAACAGCUUCUCCAUUUGUGCAGCAGAUACCAAAGCUGUCAAUCAAACAAGAGCACAGAGAAGGGCAUCUAUCUAGUGGGUGUAGAAAACAAAGACAAGCCUAGAGGAAAGCAUACGUUUCAGGUGAACAGAGAUGCCGACACACACUUCACAUCUGUGGAAUAUCAAUAG